AACUAAACCUAGUUAAUGAUAGUAACAUGGAAAUACAAAACAAAUACUGUCUGCCAUUGUUUGGAAUAUCAUUCAUUGCUGAUUUCAUUGAAGCUGCAUUAAGAAUGAUAUAUAAACAGUGCCACUGAAUGCAUUAGAACUAUUCUGAGGAUUUGGGACAAAACAAACAUACUAAAUGUUUAAAUUACAUUAACUCAAUUUAAUCAGAAGAAAAUAAAAACAUAAAAUGCUUAAAUUGGGAACUUUUCGGUGGCAUGCAAAAUCCUUGCUAUCGUGCCAUUUAGUAUGUUUGCAAAUGACUAAAAUUUUCAGAUAAUGCCCUAACAGCAAAUCAGCCAUUUGCAAAAAAGCACUAUGCAAAAGUUAUUUUUUUUUUACCAAAAACUAAACCUAGUCCAUGAGAAAUGCAAAUAUUUUUCUACAAAACAAAUAUUGCAUCUAGACACUCUAUACAUUUUGAGUCUGCUGUGUGGAAAGAUAUACCAAAUAACUGAAUGAAUAAGAUGUUAUUUGAAAUAUCAUCCAUUGCUUAUUCCACUGAAGCUGAAUUUACAAUGAAUUCGUUUUUUUUUUUUUUUUUUUUUUUGUGAAUAGUGCCAGUACAUUCUUCAGAACUAAACGGAGAAGCUGGGACCAAAUGCACAUAUAACAUUUCAAUUUUAACUAAUUUGACUGUUUUUAAUUGUUAGUCAAAAUGGUUAAUAGGUGAAACAAGCAUUUUUAUCAAAUACAUUUACAUUUUUCUAUUAACAUGCCUUUUGCAUAUUAGUGCCAUUUUGCAAUGCCUAAAAUAUUCAGACUCAAACAACAAAAUGUGUAUUUGCAAAAAGGCAUGAUGCGGAGAAAUGUUGACAAUUAUUUGCAUGCCACCAUAUAUUCCCUAACUAUUUUUUUACCUAAAAGUCUCUUCAGUUUUAAGAAUUUUUUGUUAUUCUUGUUAAAUAAUUGUAUAGAUUCAUGAUGCUAAAAUCAGCAGUUGUUUUACCUUUGUUUGUUUACAUUUUCAGGCAAAAAAAAAAAGGAGAUUAGAAAAAGUGAAUGUAAAAAGCAUUUCAAUGCACGUGGGGAUGUAUUCUCAGAAGGCAUGACAUUUGUAUCAGAAGCUGCAGGCAACUACGCUUGGCAGUGAUAAGCCAAAGUGACGCAGUCAUGACGUCUCUUUUUCCAUCAGUACUGGUGCUGCCCUCUGUCUGCAGAAUCUUUCGUUCUCAGAAUGACGCGUGGUUUGCACAGAAUGGAGAAAAGCACAUUCCCGUUUGGCAGCACAGAGCAGGAGGAGAAAGGAGAGUCAGCUGUUCAAGGAGUUAACUGCUCUUCUGCCUCUGGACCCCAGUACGGAUGGUCAGCGAGACAAAGCUUCAGUCAUACGUCUCACAGUCGCUUACCUGCACCUGAGGGAUCUUAUGAACACCUGUGCACUGUCCAUGAUGACUCAGUCAUCUCCUCCUUCACCAGGAGUAUCGGCUAAAUCUCAUGAAAGGGAGUUGCUAGAUUCUGCCUUCGGAGGGUUUGUGCUUUUGUUGUCUUUGAAUGGCAAGGUCAUCUUCACCACUAAGGGCAUAACUACACACACUGGAAUUAACCAGAUGGAUUUGAUCGGAAGGAGUUUGUUGGAGUUCUUGCAUCCAUGUGAUCAGAUGGAGGUCAAAGACCUUCUCACGAGACUGAUCGGCAACCGAGGACAGCAAGAAUGUGAGGUGUUCCUCCGAAUUAAAAGUGUGAUGAACCAGAAGCUGACUCCUUGGAAAAUUAUUCAGUGUACUGGAAAGAAAAAGUCAUCUUCCACACCUGGAUCCAGUUGUCUAGUCCUUCAGUGCAGGGUUCUGCCCAUGCAAGACGUCACUGAACUGAAUGCAGCACUGAAUAUAAGUACAUUCAUGAGCGUACACAGCCCAGACAUGAAGUUCACCUACUGCCACUCAAGGGUUGUGAAGUUGACUGGCUUUCAUGACACAGAGCUGUUGGGCCAAUCUGUGUACCAGUACUAUCAUCCAUCUGACUGCCAGAAAAUCCACAGGGCACACGUUUACUUGUUUUCCAAGGGUCAGGUGUCGACUGGUAAAUAUCGGCUGCUGCACGGACAUGGUGGCUAUGUGUGGGCAGAAACAGACGCGUCAUUGGUGUGCAACAGUCGUACUGGUGUGCCAGAGAGUGUCGUCUGCAUCAAUUACAUUCUUAGUGGAGUGGAGCAGCCCGAUUUGACAUAUUUGCUGAAGCAGACAGAACAACUUCUGAAACCACAUGACUUCCUUCUCAAAGAAUCCAAUCCUGCUGCUUUUCCACUUGUCACCAAAUCAGAUGAGUGCAACAGUCCUACAAGAGCUUUAAACCAAAGAGUUUUUUUCUCAGAAAGUGACAUGCAGGAAGUUCAUGACUGUACAGAGAUCACACAUAACACAGAAGAGUGCUGCAAUUUCAAUUGUGAUCUGUGUGAGUUAGACUUGGACAGUCUGGCUCCAUACAUUCCAAUGCACGGAGAAGACUUCUUGCUAACUCCCGUUUUCGAGGGGACAGAGGACAGCGCUCAAUCGUUCAAUAGUCCACAUCAAAAACUGGACCCUCGGCUGCAAAAUUCAGAGGGAACAGUCUUUCAUCCUUUAAAGAGACUUACACAUACCAAACAAAGUGUCAGUCAUUAUUUUUUCACAAACAGAAACAACGAUACUGACCUGAUAUCAACACAGCAGUGGAAUGAGAGUCUAGAUCCUGUGAACAGAAACUCAAAGGUUUAUAAUUAUAAACAGAAUAAUUAUCAACGCUUCUCUACUCAGGGUGAGACAUAUCUUUGGAGGGAGGAUGCACUUAAAGUUUUGCAACGUCCCAACAGAACACACUGGACUUUUGAUGGAUCAACACCAAGGCUAUAUGGCGGAGACCCAAAUACUCUUGGAAUUAAGUUCAGAUCGCUUCCAGAGAAUCCCAGGUGUCAUCCUCAGAACAGAAGAUACCGUGCUGAUGUAAAAGCGUUCCCAGCACCAUUGACACUGCCUGUGCUGAGCGGCUGGGAGUGUGAGGUCAAUGCGCCUCUUGACCCCACAUCAUAUUUGCUCCAAGGGACAGAAAUUAUAGCUGUUUUGGACCAAGUUGCCUCAAGUGUGCCUUGGUGCUGAUACAAAACAAAAUGCAACACUAAAAAUGUGCAUUGGAAUACAAUUUAUCACUUACAUGCACUUGGUCUUUAAUGCAUCUUUAUAAUAACAGCACUUGCCAGUAGUCAACACCAGCAAGCAUUGCCUUAAAGAGUACAUUACUAAAACCUGUGUGAUUGUGGUAAAGUCUGUAAAAUUGUAUUAAUCUAAUAUUAGGCUUUUGCACUUCCUUCAGAGGUUAUGGUGUUAAGGCCCAUCUUCUGCCAUUGCUGUGUUGCAUUUUUAAAAUAUUCUAGAAACCUUUAUGAAAAAAACAAGGAUUUAUUGUUUGCAUUGUCACAUUUAUGUCUCGAUUCACUUUUUUUACUUUUAAAACUUUUUAAUAUGACGUCAGAGUGUGUUUGGCGCUCUUAAUUGUUCCCUUAACAUCUGGUUUAAAUUUUAUUACAUGGUAUAUUAUUAAUAUACCAACUAAUAGUUGGUACAUAGUAGUUUCAUGCAAAUUUAAUAAAGUUUUAAAGUUGUGUUCUAA